AGUUUUUCAAUAUUAUUGUAAGAUCGUUUUUUAUGUUGAUUUUUACCCGGUUAUUAGUUAUGUUUAUCAGGUGAGAAUAGUAAUAAAUCGGCGCGUAUACUCUACGCGGAAAGUAUAUAUAUUUAUAGGUGCGUUUAAAAGGUUAUUAUAACACCUCGUAUGUGGGGAUAGGAUACUAUAGUUCAUAAUAAUAACAGAAUAGAAGUUACAUUGCUGAAUAUCAGCUGUUAAUAGUAUUAAAUUUCACAGCGCGUUCUCACUUACCUUCGAUAUGGGGGAACGAGCAUUAAUCUUGCGCAGCACAGAGGACAAUUAAAAACAUCUUUAGUAAAAUUCAAAAAAUAUUUGAGUAGCGAAAAAGUCUCAAUAGAGCAAAUACCAUUUCGGAUAGAAAAAAUAGAAGCUGUUUGGUCAGAGUUCGAAGUUAUUCAAGGAGCAAUAGAGCUCGAAGAAGAGGUAAACAUGGAGGAACAAAAUAUAUAUAGAGAGGAAUGUGAAGAAUUAUUUUUUAAAACAUUAGCCAAAUCAAAUAAAUUAAUCGGUAUAGUAAGUUCGUCAAAGGUCGAAAAUAUAGAUAUUAAAGAAAAUCAAUAUAGUUGUCAGCAAAGUUCUUGUGGUCAAACAAAUAAAUGUAUUUCUCACGUUAAAUUAGCUCCUAUAAGUAUUCCAGUAUUUACUAUCGAAUACAGUGAAUGGAAACCUUUUUAUGAUUUAUUUUCUAAACUUAAACAUGUUAAUGCGGAUCUAUCGGAUAUUCAUAAAUUUUGCUAUUUGCGCUUAUCUUUAUCAGGAGAGGCAGCAAAUAUUAUUAAAAGUUUAGAAACAACAGCAAAUAAUUAUGAAAUCACGUGGAUAAUGUUAAAAGAGAGAUAUAACAAUAAUAAGUUAAUAAUUCAAAUCCACGUGAAAGCUAUUUUUGAGCUAGGAAUGGUGCAUCAAGAGUCUGCGGUUAAAAUAAGAGAAUUUUUGGAUUCUUUAGUCUGUCGUAUUAGUGUAUUAAAAAUGUUAGAAGAAAAACCUGAAGAAUUGGGGCCGAUGUUAAUGAAUUUAAUUUGUACUAAGCUUGAUAGAAAUACGCUAAGUAGAUGGGAAGUAGAAUCACCCCAAGAUAGAAUAGCACGCGUAUGCGAAUUUAUUGCAUUUUUGGAAAAUAGUGUAAAAGUAUUAGAAGCGUUAUUGUUUAAAGUGUUCAAAACCACACAAUGUAUUGUUGCAUUUAAAUACUACUCUAAAUCAAGAAAUAAAAGUAGAUAAUAAUACUCCAAACGAUAAGUGUCAUUGGCAUAGGAGGUACUAAAAAAAAUAUUACUUCAGCGAUUACAGUAGUAAUUACAUCGCGCAUUAGUUUAUUAAAAAUAGAAGUACAAUGUUUGGUUGUUCCUAAGAUAACAGGAUUUAUUCCGUCGAAUAAUAUAAAAAGUAAAUGUUUUAUUCCGGAAGGUAUUCAAUUAGCGGAUCCGUCUUUCACACUACCGCAAAAAAUAGACUUAUUACUCGGAGCAGGUCACUUUUUUUAUGUUUUAUGCGCAGGUAAAAUUAAACCGUCCGAGGACGGAUCAAUAUUUCAACAAACGCAGUUUGGUUGGGUAAUUGCAGGAGUAGUAAAUCCGGGCUGUAGUCAAGCGUAUCAUUCUAUUAGUUAUUCGGCAGUGAUUGAUCACGAAAAUCAAUUAGACAAUAUGUUAUCUAAAUUUUGAUGUUUGGAAGAAGUAGGAACAGCCGCGCCUCUAACGUUAGAAGAUAAAAAUUGUAAAGAGAUUUUCGAAAAUACGGUUAAGCGAGACGA